AUGGCGUGUUUCCUCCACAAAAUCCUACCGCCCGGACAACGCGCCUCGGGGGCGACCGUCCGGCCGGGCCCCGGGCGCCAGCUGUCAGCGGGGUCGGGGGCCGGGGGCGCGGGGUCCGCCGUGGCCGCGCGGGGUCUAGGCCACGGAGGCCGCGCCCGGCCCCCGGCCCCCGACCCGCCGCGGCUUUGUCUGCCCCCGCCGCCCCUCCCGCCGCCGCUGCCGCCGCCGCCGCCGCCGCCGCCGCCCGCAGCCCGCCUGCCCGCGACGCCGCCGGACGCUGCGCCCCUCCCAGGGCCCCGCGCGGCGCGGGGCGGGGCUGGGGGCGGGGCCGGCGUGCGCAAGCGCAGAGUCCGCACGCCCGCCCCGCCCCAGGGCCCGGCCUGGCGGGCAGCAGGAGGCGCCGCGGCGCUCCCGUCAGGGUGGGCCCGGGACGACCACGCAGGCGCAGUUCCCGCCCCCGCGCUGGGGGGAGGAGGGGCCGGACCAAUCACGCAGGCGCAAUCCCAGCCCCCGUGCUGGGCGGACCGACCACUCAGGUGCAGAGUCUGUGCGCCGGCCCCGCCCCCGUGCUGGGCAGAGCCGACCACGCAGGCGCAGUCCCCGCUCGCCAGCCCCGCCCGCGGGUCCGACCCAGGGGGCGGCAGGGUCCGGACGCGCUGGCUGGGCGGGGCCGGCCGUGGCGGUGUCUCUGGCGGCUGUGCAGUUGGCGGUGGCCGGCUGCGAGUUUCCGGGCGGCCGCGCACGUGCCUGGGCGCAGAGGGCGGCUGCGCCGCCGAUGGGCCCUCGGCUCGGCCGGCAGAGGCAAGACUCCAGCUCCGGCUGAGGAUGUGCGACGGUGUCCUGGCCGUGUUCCUCCGGAGGCUCGUGGCUGGAGUGGCCUUCCUCCUUUGUGGCAGACGAGCUACGAGGGCCUGCACUCAACCGCUUCCGGAACGCCUGCCACGGGGCCCUGGGACCUCAGAGCUGCAGCAGAUGGUCAUCUUCUCGGUGCAGGAGGUGACGUUGAUGUCGUGGUGCCUGGAGAGUGACGCGGCCAGCGGCAGGCAGGUGCAGGGGCCCCCAGCACAGGGUAGCCGAGCCGUGAACACUGGCCCAGCUGCCUAACUGAUGGCAGGGCAGACCCCACAGUGUGGCCAGGGCCACCGCCAAGCCCCAGGCCCAGCCCUGCUGCUGAGAUCUCUGGAGGCCUCCUUGUCCCCACCUGAACGGUCGGAAUGAUGGUGGUACCGCCUCCUCCGGGCGAGGGAGGGUGUGCGCAGUGCAAGGCAGGCGGGAGGAGCUGCCUUGCCAGAGCCCUGGUGCGACCUGACCCUCUGUUGCGCGGGCCGGAGGAUCCCGUCCGGGUGGAGGCCCGAGGUGGAAGCACCCAGCCUAUGGAAGGAAGUAGGGGUCGAUGUCCACCCAUCUCUGGAAUCUGGACAGGCUUGUGUAGAUGCUGUGUGACUUCUGAGGCUACGAUAUGAAAAGCGAUACAGGUCCCUCCUAGUUCUCUUGGGACUCUUGCUCUUGGAAGCUGGCCACCAUCCCACAAAGAAGUCCCCAAAGCCCUCAGCCCACAGCCUGAACCAGCUUACCAGCCACAUGACUGCACUGUCUUGGAACAGCCUUUCCAGCCUCCAGUGGAGAUGCCCCAGCUGGUGCAGCAUGGACUAGACCAACUAUGUCUACCGAAUCCACCCCAAACAGCAGAUCUGCGAGCAGGAGGAAUGAUUGUUGUUUUGAGCUACGAAGUUUCGGGGGUGGUUUGUUGUGCAGCCAUACACACACAUGUCCAGCUUCAUUGGGUGAUGCCAUCUUAUUUACCAAGAUAAUGGUACCACUUGACAUCCUGGGCAACAGUGUAUGAGUGUUUCCGUUGACCCACCUUCUUGCCAUCACUGUGUUUUGUCAGACUUCAACAUUUGUGCUUAUUUGGUGUGGUUUUAGUUUGCAUUUCCAAUUACUAGUGAGGUUAUUGACCCUU